GUGGUUUUAAGAGUCUGGUUUAUUUCUAGACUAAUGAAAAAGAAGCAGAACUUCGUUAAUUCAUUUUAGCAGCAAUUCAACCACUGAAUGAAAUAUGUAAAUGAUAUAUGAUUUUGGAGCUUGGAAUGUUUAUAUAUGAAAUGUGAAUUAUCAAGAGGGUAUAUAUAACCAUCGCCAUGAGCUAAGAGGUAAGAAGCAAACUGCGCAGAUCAGGAGUUGAAAUACACCAAAUCACUGCGUUUUAUUUGUGUUCGGUAAAAUUUCAUAGAAAUCAAAAUCAUUUGAACAAUGCAUAAUAUUAAAGUUGUUACACUUUGCGUGUCGAUAUUGCUAGUUGAAAGAGGAUGGAGUCACAAAGAAGGAAUUCCCGAAACUGACAAAAACAAGGCUAGUUUGUACUAUUAUCUGAAUGCAGAAUACGAAAAGGAUAUUAAUGUUGACGUUAUAAAUAAAAGAAGUAAAAAAUUGAUCACUGGAGGGCAUGACAAUUUUAGGAAGCAUAAUAAGGACAUAAUCAAUCCAAAAGAUGGAUUUGAUGACGAUGAUCCACAAUUCUGGGAUGAUAAUCAGAAAUAUAGCGAUGCUAUUAGAGAUCAUAAAAAGCAUCGACAUAAUGGGAAUCGUGAAAAUGUUAAUUACAUUCAAGGUGAGGACCCUACAGCAGGGCAACACAGACGUAGGGGCGCUGAUACGGAGGGUAUAGCUAGUCAUGAACCGCGCGGGGAGAGAGUCGCCAAAGUUGAACCCCGUUCGCGUUCAGAUGAGCUGUUGCCGGUCCGAGGCUCCGGACGCGAGACGUCCAAUUCAAUGCAGAGAACCCAAGCGCAUCAAGGAUGUGCUCUCUGUAGAGAUAGAGAGGAGGUGAAACGUAUGAGGUUAGAAAUAAUUAAAUCAGAGAUUUUAAAGAAGUUAAGAUUAGACAGCCCACCCAAUGUAACAGGCAUACCUACACCGACUAACCCACCGUUCCUGAAUCAAUUGAGGCGAUUUAACAGUAGAAGUCAGCAACAGCACACACAGCCGAUGGGUAGAAGACCCCAAGAUGACGAAGUUGAAGAGGACAACUUUCAUGCUGAAACAACAAAAGAAUUUAUAUUUGCUGAACGAAGCUCAAGCCAAAGUUGCCGAAAUGAAAACUGCAUCCAUUUCUCAUUUGGAAACAGAUCCCGGGUGAAGAUCCUCAAUGCGUACCUCUUCAUCUAUACCAGGAACUUUUCAAAUCUAGAAACAUCGUUUAUCAAGAUUAAUAGGGUAAGGAGGAAUGGCGCAGACCAAAUAGGCGUGAGGCGACUAGGGGAAGAGCAGAAGAAUGGGUGGUGGCAUAAAUUCUCUAUUCUGAGGCUCGUUCAGAGCUGGUCUAGAAAUCCCGAUAAUAACUUUGGCCUACAGGUAGUCAUCAACAACGUCAAUGGACGGAGUCUCGCUGUAACCCAACCAGAAACAGAGGCCGACAAGCCCCUGAGGCCGACGAUUUAUAUGACAAUUCAGAAGAAGAAGAUGUACAGGAAAAAGAGAAUGAUUCAUAACCGUGAAUGCUCAGAAUACGCCAACUCUAACCAUUGCUGUCGCCAUUCUCUAACCGUUGACUUCCAAGCCUUCCAGUGGGACUUUGUCAUCGCACCAAAAACCUACGAGGCUUACUUUUGUACUGGAGACUGCCCCUACCAGUUCAUGCAAACCUACUUCCACACUCACGUGACACAACAGCAACACGCGCUAAAUAUCUCAAGUGACGCAACCGGGCCUUGUUGUACGCCUGCGAAGUUUUUACCAAUUUCGAUGUUAUACUUUGCUGACAACGUCUCCCAGACAAUCAAGAUUGCCGAUCUUUCCGAUAUGGUGGUAGAAAGAUGUCAAUGUGUAUAAACAGGGGCGAUGCAUAAGACUCUGAACGAAAUAUGCUGCGGUGACAAAAUAAAACGUGUUCAUGAUCAUAUUGCAUCAUAUGCCACGAAUCGGACUCGUUUACACGGGCAUAGGCCUACCACUGUACUGAUUAUAUAAGAGACGCAAAAGAAACGAAUGUCAUAAAAGAUGCAAUGUGAAAAUGACUCAGAAACGAAAUGGACGCUCACGAUACAAAACCACAAUCAUAACUCAUGAUUUAGACAGACUAAGUCACCCAAGAACCUCGUGCUUUCAAUACAUAUAUCGCCUCAAGCUUUUGGAUGGGGGAUAAUAUACUAAACUGUGACCUUUAUGAAAAACAGCUUUUACUUGCAAUCCUUCAGUUUCCAAGUGAUCGAGUAAUUCCUCACAAGAGUGCUCCAAAACGACCUACGCACCUAAGAAAACUAUGAAUACGUCCAUUCGAACGUCACGACAAACAUUGGUUUACAGUCUGACAGUACAUGGGGAUUCUAAGCAGUAGCCUAUACAAUGUGCUUUGCAGUAAAUAGACAUUGUGUACAUUAAUGAAUAUGCUGUACAAUAAAUUAGAGUGUUGUACAAUAAACUGAACGUCAUGUACACAAAGUGAGCGUGCUGUACAGCUGCGCAAUAAAUGAAUGAACUGAUGAACGUAAUGCACAACUUCAAAGUAAAUGAAUGCACAAUUGAUUAACGUAUUGCACAG